ACAUACACAAGAAGGAAAAUGGAAAUGUUGCUUCUCUUUCUAGUCGCUAUACCUUUUGUAGUAAUUUUCCUCGUAAGAUUUGGACACACACAUAAUCGUCCACCAGGUCCCCCUGGGCUUCCACUUGUUGGAAACUUGUAUCAAUUAAAUCAACCAUCCCUUCAUAAAUACCUAUGGCAACUUUCAAAGAAAUAUGGUCCCUUAAUGUCCAUGAAUCUUGGUUUUUCCCAACUAGUUGUUAUUUCAUCAGCAAGAAUUGCUAAAGAAGCAAUGAAAACUCAUGACUUUGCAUUUUCAAGCAGGCCAUCAUUUCUUGGCCAAAGAAAAUUAUCAUAUAACGGCUUGGAUAUCGCUUUCGCGCCUUACAACGAUUAUUGGAAGGAAAUGAGAAAGAUUUGUACCUUACAUUUAUUUAGCCCAAAAAUGGUGCAAUCUUUUCGUCCAAUUCGUGAAGAUGAAGUAUCCAGGAUGAUCAAUCGCGUAACAGAACUUGCUUCAUCGUCGAAAUUGGUUAAUCUUAGUGAGAUUUUGUUGUCUCUAUCGAGCAAUAUAACAUGUAUUGUUGGAUUUGGCAAGAGAUAUGCGCCGCGUAACAGAUAUGAUGAGAAAGGUCACGAAAGUAAGAGGCUUGGAGAAGCUCAAGCAAUGAUUGGAGAUUUCUUUCUCUCUGAUCAUUUUCCAAUUUUCGGACAUUGGAUUGAUUGUAAAGUUACUGGAAAGGUUGCUCGACUCGAAAAUAUUUACAAUGAGUUGGACUUGUUCUAUCAAGAACUCAUUGAGGAACAUCUGACCCCAACUCGGCCAAAAUCAAUGGAUGGUGAUAUUCUUGAUACGUUAAUUGCCUUGCGAGAUAAAAAUUUAUCAUCGUCAUCUUUGAUUCUCACUUGGGAUAAUAUCAAAGCAGUGCUAAUGGACAUAUUUAUUGCUGGAACGGAUACGAGUGCAGCUGUAUUAGUGUGGGCAAUGACGGCUUUGAUAAAGGAGGAGGCAAGCGUAAUGAGAAAAUUACAAGAGGGUAUAAGAGAAUUGGUCGGAAAGAAAGGAAGAGUAGACGAAGACGAUAUCCAAAAUCUUCCCUAUCUCAAGGCCGUUAUAAAAGAGACAUUGAGGUUGUAUCCACCCGCUCCACUUCUUGUACCUAGAGAAACAAUCGAAAAAUGCAGCAUAGACGGAUAUGAAAUCAAACCGAAUACUCUAGUUUUUUUCAAUGCGUGGGCAAUAGGUAGAGAUCUUGAAUGUUGGGAAAAUCCAGACGACUUUAUUCCUGAGAGAUUUUGCGAUGUAAAGAAUGAUGAUAUCAUCGACUACAAGUCAGUGGAAUUUGAAAUGAUUCCGUUUGGAGGCGGUAGAAGAGGGUGCCCUGGGAGUUCACUAGGAGUAGCAACAGUGGAGCUCGCCCUCGCCAAUCUUCUCUAUGCAUUUGAUUGGGAAUUGCCUUCCGGGAUGGUGAAAGAAGAUAUCGAUACUGAUACUUUGCCAGGUCUCACAAUGCACAAGAAGAAUCCUCUUUGUCUAGUGGCAAAAGUUCAUGACUAGUUAGGGAGAGAUUAACAUCCUCUUUAUGCCAAAAUAUAUAUUUAGGUUUAAUUAGUGCACAUUUUAUUUAGUACUCUGUAAAGAAUACAACUUCUCUAUCGUGUUAUGAAUGUCAAGAAUAAAACCUCUGUUUUA